AUGGAUCUUCCUGUUACCAUUGAAGAGGAUGAGGAGCUGUUCUUGCGUGGUUCAGUCAAUGAUCGACUUGUUGCUAGGGAUCCUAGCUUGAUGGAAGAAGUGUACGAGAAAAUUGAAGAAGAUGACAGUGGAGCAAUGAUUGUUGAAUACAGUAAAGACUCUUGCUUGUUCUCACAGCCUAUGAAAGAGGAUGCCCAAAUUGAUGCACCUGCAGAAUGGAAAUCUCCUGUUUUUCAUGAAUUGUAUCCUCUUCAUCAGCUUGAGUGGGAAGACGAAAUUAUGUGGGGCAAUUCAUCUCCUAUCCUAGUCAGUCAUGGGUCCUCACCGAGUAGUGUGAUCUCUGAACAUGACAGUGAUCCGUACACAAAUCUUGAAAAGGGAGAAGAGGUUACUGCAGACAGUAAGCAAGGAUUACCGAUUGUGCCUGAUAAUCACUGUUAUUUGUCUGAUGCUGGUUCAGUUGACCCACUUGGUAUAAGGGAUCUAGCCGAAAAACCAUUCAUGCAAUCAAUGGACAAGAAUUAUCAUCCUCAUGCUGAUGAGUUUACAGAUGCUAAAACUCCCAAGGGUCUUGACGAAAUUUGCAAUAAUGACACUUCAAAGCGUUUCAGAAAGUUAACCUUGCAAAACAAGGAUUUUUUUGAAGGGAACUGGUUGGAUCAAAUUAUAUGGGAUCCAAGUGACUAUGUUCCCAAGCCAAAGCUGAUAUUUGAUCUGCAAGAUGAGCAAAUGUUAUUUGAAGUUUUAGACCAAAAAGAUGUUGAACAUCUUCGUUCACAUGCAGGUGCAAUGAUAAUGAACCAUUUGUCAAAAUCGUCCACAGGUUAUUCGUUUGAUCUUUCUAGCCAGAGUGGGGCUUCUAUUGGAAGAUUUAACAUUUCUAAUGACAAGUAUUACUCCAAUCGCAAGACUAGUCAGCAGUCAAAAUCCCAUGCCAAAAAGCGUGCUGUUCAUGGUCUCAAAGUAUUGCAUUCUGUGCCUGCACUAAAACUACAAACUAUGAAACCGAAAUUGAGCAAGUGAGUAGAGCAGCCAACCUCGUCUUUUCAAAAGCCAUUUAUAUUUGCACACCUUUGCAGUUAUUAGCCUGAGGAAAAACUGUGAUAUACUUUGUGAAAGUGCCUGAAUUCAAACAUUUUUUCACUAAUGAUAUAAUAUUGUUGGGGUAAUUGUUUUCUCUCAACUAUUGUUGAAUUUUUAAAUCCUUAUGGAUUGACACAUUUUUUGACACGUGUAUGUACAAAAGAGUGUAAUUCAAGUUAUUUGUUUUUUUACAGGCAAUACCAUGCUUUGCUUUUAUUUGUAAAAUAUAACUUUUGAUGAAUGUCUAUUAUUCAUUUUUACUUCACAAUACUAUCUCAAUUAGCUUUCUUCUCCUAUUAAUUAUAUUUGCGUGUAUGUGAUGUAACUUUUCUUAUAUGUUUUGAUCUUUCUGAUUGGAAACAAUCAAAAUGCUGUCUUGGAAGUACUUUAUAUCUCAUGCUUUUUACAUGUCAUACAUGCUGUAUUGGAAACUCUUUUCUUUCUCUUCAGAUGUAUUACGGGUACAUCCGUAGGUUAAAUUGAAAAAUAGCAUGGCCCUUUGAAGGACAUAGGGUCAUUUCUCUGCACUAUUUCUACCUUGUUUGUCCACCUCUGAUUUCAACUUGGAGGUUUGCUCCCUGAUGUUCUGGAUUCUAACCUUUAGGAGAAUGGAAUCGUGACAAGUUUACCUCCUACAUCCACCUGGCCUGAUCAAUAUGUCUCUCCUUUCCUUUUAAGUUAGAGCUUUUUUUAAUAACAAAAAAAGAAAACGGACGUAAUCUAUGCCAGUUUAAAUUUUUAUUUUUCACCUCUGGUUCGUAUCCUGUCACUUAGGCCUUACCUUUUGUGGGCUUAUUAUAUGAUACUGUAGCAUGAUUACCUAUUACUCUUUCACAAAAACUCGAAUCUACUUUUCUUGAUGUUGAGCAUCUUUUAAUCUUCUUACAGUGGAGAUUCUCCUCAAUGUACUAAACGAAAGGUUUUAUUUUGAUUGAUAUUUUAUUGACUCAUUAUAUUUUCUGUGCUCUUGUUAUUCUUUCAUGCUGUAACAAUCAGCAAAGUUUUAUACUUCAUCCUUUAUGCAUUUUUCUUAUCAGUAUUUUCUUGCUUUUAGAUUGACCUUUUUUGCAAUUUGAUUCGCCGGUAGUUAUAUUUAUUUAGUUAUUUUUAUCAUUCUCUAAUUCUUCUUGCUUUUGCCAGUAAGGAUAUGGCGAACUUUCAUAGGCCGAAAGCUCUGUGGUAUCCCCACGAGAAUGAGUUCGUUACCAAGAUAGAAGGAAUGCCCUACACUCAAGGACCCAUUAAUAUUAUUUUGAAAAGCUUAGGGGGGAAAGGGACCAAGUUUUUUGUAGCUGCUGAGGAGUUGUUGUCAUCUUUAAAGUUGAAAUUUGCAAAGAAGCUUGGUUAGUUACACCUUUCGUAGCUUUGUCCUCUUUUUAUCGUUUUUUCGUUUGCUUGUCAUGAUGGCAUACUCUUGUUUUCGUCCAGUAAUGAUCAUUGACAUUUAUGGAAAGGCUUCUUAAUGCUAAACGUCUUGAACUGUAACUUCUUGUUCUUAAUCAGAUUUCAAACCAUCAGAGAAGGUCAAAGUAUUUUAUAUGGGAAAGGAGUUGGAAGAUGAGAAGUCCCUUGCCUCUCAGAAUGUCCGGCCAAAUUCUUUGCUUCAUCUUGUGCGCACAAAAAUCCAUCUGUUGCCAAGAGCCCAAAAAUUGCCGGGUGAGAACAAGCCUCUUCGUCCCCCUGGAGCAUUUAAAAAGAAAUCUGAGCUUUCAGUGAAAGAUGGACACGUAUUCCUCAUGGAGUAAGACUUCGUAAUAUGUUCUUUGAAUGCUUUACCAUUUACACCUCUUUCUUACGGUGACUCUGUUACAUGCAUAUGCACAUAAGCACAUCUUCCUGCUUUUGCCAAUAAAUUUCCUGUUUUCUAAUUUCACUGUGUAGUAUCUAUCAUUAUCUUCAUGAAACUAAAUUCCAAGUCUAUAGACCUUUGUGUGAAAAUUUACCAAUCAAUUGUAAACCAUAUGUCCCUUGAAUCUGGCAGGCACUGAUUUGCCUCAGUUUUUUCAUGUUUACGCAAUAUUUGUGACACAAGUCAGUGAGCUAUCACUUCAGAAACGAGAGAAGAUGAGCUCUGUUCUUCUGACAGCUGGCAGUUUUUAUGCACUCUUUCACGAGUGAAAAAAAAUCAAUGAAUCCUUUUUUCAACAGUUUCCAGCUCCACUGUUUGGACUAGUGUUAAUUUCUUGUAAAAGGAUGACUGUUAUUUAUUUUCCCUCUACCAGACUCAGCGUUAUAACUUUUAUAUUUUUUUAUUUUUGGAUUGUAACUGGAUGUUAUGUCCAUCGUCAUGCAUUAUAAUUUAGGAUCUUUCACUUAGGUUUCCUGUACUUUUUAUGGAAAAUGUAAACACGUGAGUAAAAACAUGACUUGCUCAUUUAUGAGAAAAGCAGCCAUUAUAAGAAACAAAACAAAAAAAGGAUUGCAUCUCAAGCAAGAAAAUAUGGCCGAUGAUUAUUUGGAGAAGAAGGAGAAUAUGGUGAUCAUAUGUCAGUUGUCGAAAGUACUCUUAUAUUGGUUAUUGACAAUGAAACUACUUCACUCUUCGUUGUCCUUGAGUUGGAUAGUUCCGUGACUUCUUUUUGCAUCAGAAUAGAUAUGUCCGUGAGACAGACUAUAAGUCAUCUUACAUGUGAGAGAAUAUGUUCAAAUUUAUCUCAUUUUUGGUUACUACAAAAGUAAAUCAAUGAGUUCAUAGCAAAUUGGUUUUUAGUUGUAUGAAUUAUAACUUUAGGGCCAAUAAACUGUGUAAAGUUCAAAAAUUCAUCUUUUGUAGAUGACCCGUGUCCUUGUUAGAAUGGCAAUACACAGGAGGAUCCCUUUGAAUAUAAACCGCCACAGAAGUCACGUGAUAUCACUGGGACGACUUAGCUACAUAUACCUUUGCGCGAUGGAUGACUGGAAAAAUUUACCUUAUUGGCUUUGCUGUUUGGCAUGGACCAAUUUUUAUCCUAAGAAGCAGAAAUAUCCAAUACAUUAGAAAAAAAAGCUCAUCAAGAGUGCAAUAAUAUUACAUUACAUGAAAUUUAAAUAUCAACUUCCAUGGUGAGGACGAGCUCCCAAUCACUUUUGAUAAGGUUGUCGAUAUAUGCCUACCAAACGAGAUAGUUGGAUGAGACUGAAAGUCGUUCGUAGAUCCCAGGAAGAUUUUCAAUUAACCUCUUUUAUUAUUUGAAUAAGUUUGAUAUCAGCAGGAUUCGAAAUAUUGCUGGGCAAACCCGAGUUUGACUAAUAUCUACAGAUAGAUCUCUGUAGACAUUGUAUUAUUGUUAUAGUAGAUUAUGUUACUACUCGUUUUUGUGUCGCUUUAGUUUUCAUAUUUAAAAGGCUAGGUUUAUAUAUAAAGAGGCUCUAGGAUCUCGUGCAAUUUGGAGAGGAUUGUGAUCCAAGUCUUUCUCUCUCCUUUCUUGUCCAAGUUUGUCAUGCUAUCAGUUCUCUUUGCCCCAUUAAUUGUCUGCAGCGUCCGGAUUGCUUCUCCCUCUCCAUCGUUGGGUUCCUUUGGUGGCUGUUGAUAAAUCUGCCACAUUUUGUAGGCUGCAUAUCAUGGAAAUUUUGAGUCAAGAACAUUAGGGUUUUGUUGAUUGUAUUAAAGAACUACCUAAGGAAGAAUACUGUUCAGGAGUACAAUGUUCUAUGACUUUAUUGUUGAGCUGCAUUUCUAUCUUUGAUGAAAAUGUCCCUGCUGAGGCUCUAGUGGUGGUUCAAACAUUGCAGGAAAAUAACAUGAUAGAUCGUUGUCAUGAACAGCUGUGCAAAGCUAAGGGGGAUAUGCAGAGGAAAAACUCAACUCGUAUUCUCAUCACAUAUGACUGACAUACAAGUACCAGGGCAACAAGACAAAGAAACUACCAAACCACUAGGAAGCCAACUAACAAGGAAAAGAACCAGCAAUCUAGGAAAUGGUCCAGAUUAGAACCGAAUUCCUAAUUACAUAUUCUUUCCCACAACCACUUCUUCGUAAAGCUAAGAUCUGAGGAAAACAGUACAACUUGUUAACUGAAUGAGACGCCUCAUGGUGUUGAAAUUCUCAGCCUACCAGAAUUCCCAGUAAACCAAAAUCAAUUUUUGAAAAACUAUUGUGUCUGUCUUUUAAUAUCGAGCUCUCUCCACACGUGAAAUAAAAGUAAAACGUUUUUUCCUAUUUAGUCUUUUCAGGAAAAACAACAGACCACCAAAAAAAUUUAAAUGAUAACAAAAAAUAGAAUGCUGGAAUGUAACAGGAACCUCAAAUAUUGGAUCUUUCCUCUGGAUUAUAACAGUCGGGUUAGUGGUUGCUGUAAUCUUAAUAUAAUCUACCUGGUUCUUGCUGUUGAACCUGAUGAAUUACUGAUACUCUGGCAUCCACAGUUGAAGAAAGGGAGAUAAAAGGAAGAGGAAAGUAUGACAGGGAAGAUGUUUGGGAUGAAGGGAAAUGACUUGUCUGCUGUUUCUUUUUGCCAUAUUACUGCACAAUCAAUUGCAUUUCAGUCUUUUCUGUAUUGUAUUUAUGAAUAUUCAUAUAUUACAUUGAGAUUUCGUACUCAUGCAUAUUUAUUUUCAUGAGUGAUGUGUCAGUUGAGUCAUAAUAGAUCCCUCAUCUUUGAUGCGAUUUCAGUUCAGUUAUCAGUCCUAUCUCUCUCUCUUUUGGCGUUAACCCCUUGUAAAGUUAGAACUCUUGUUUCUUUGUUAAAAAUUGAACAUGGUAUCCAACUUAUUUUUCUUUUCCUGACUAAUGGACAGAUACUGUGAAGAGAGACCUCUCCUUCUGGGAAAUGUUGGGAUGGGUGCUAGACUUUGUACUUACUAUCAGAAAUCUGCACCUGGUGAUCAAACAGCGGCAACCCUGCGAAAUGGAAACAGUGAUCUUGGUAACGUUUUCACACUUGAUCCAGUGGAUAAAUCCCCAUUUCUUGGCAACAUAAAUCCUGGCUGUUACCAGUCCAGUCUAGAGACAAACAUGUACCGUUCACCCUUAUUUCCGCACAAGUUGUCAUCAACGGACUAUCUUUUGGUCCGGUCAGCAAAAGGAACAUUGUCACUACGUCGGAUUGAUAAACUAUACAUUGUUGGACAACAGGUAGGAUUCCAUCAUUGUAUUUAUGUAACUAAUGUUUGAUAUCUGUUUACACUCGCAAGCUGAACAAUUUUUCAAUGAUUCAUUUUACUCGGAAUGGAAAUUCAGAUCUAUCUGAAUUUGUUGCAUCCAUAGGUGGGACACCCAGUGGUGACUAGUACAUAACAUGAUGCUAAUAUGUAUUUGUCCCCGCAUUGUUGACCGUCACAUCACUUUGUUUCUGGAAGCAUGUGUCACUGCUAAUCAGGAUUUUAUGAAACAUUUUUUUCCAGAUGGUUGAUUCAUUUGAAAGGUUUAUUUUCUUCUAAUUAUCCUAGAAUGGUCCACCAUUGCCUCAAAAGCAUUGAUUCGACUGGAAACUUGACCAUAUGAGUUUAGCAAAAUGCACACAGAUUGCUAAGUUAUCCUGGCUUGCAAAUCAUAUAAGUGCACUUGUAAAAUCACACAGAUGCUUCCCGUUCUCUCAUUAAAAAAUUUGAAGGACCCAUUGCCUUUUCCAGUUCUCAUCAUUAGUGAAAAUGUCUUUCACUUAAAGAGAACCUCUCAUGUUGUCUACUAAGAAAGCCCACCCCAAAUGAAUUUCUGUUCUGAUGUCUUCUAGCGAUACCCUAACAUGAGUGAGUCAUCUAAUCCUCUUCUGCUUUCACAUGCAGUUCUUUAAUAUAUUUAUCGACCUUUGGUAACCAUCUCGUCUUGUUUGGCAUGGGAUGUUUCGCUUGUCUCUCUGCUGAUUUAUUGCAUAUCCCGCCUCUUCAAUCGAUCUAAAAUAUUAUUGUGGAAUUUAUGGUUGUAGUGAUAUUAUAUGAUUGUCAUCAGACACCACAUGUCAUGGAAACAUGAGACUUUAUUUUCUAGCCUGGUGGAACUAGUUGAUGCUAGUUUUGAGAGUAGUUAAUGACUGAAUCAUUGUGUGCCUCUUGUGUUUGUAUGGAUUGUUUGGCCAAUGGGAGUUUUUUUUAAAAAAAAUUAUUAGGAUGCUAUUUUUUGUGGAUUAGCUAUUUAUUUAAUCCCUUAGUGUUUUGUUUGACGGCAUGCUUGAUUUCCCUGCUCAGGAGCCUCACAUGGAAGCAAUGUCUCCCGGGACAAAAAAUGUUCAAAACUAUAUUUGGAACAGGUUGUUAGUGCACGUGUAUCGCGAAUUUCGUGUCAAGGAGAAGCCCGGUUUCCGUCCUUGUGUUCGAGCUGAUGACCUAUCUUCACUAUUUCCUAGUUUAACAGAAGCUUUGAUUAGGAAAAGAUUAAAGCAUUGUGCAGAUUUAAAGGUGAUGGUCCUUGUUUUAUAAUUCUUUGAAGUUUUGAUUCAAUUGGCAUCUGUUGAAGUACCAGUGCUGCAAGAUGCAGAGAUUUUUUUCAUUCAUUUAACUUUAUUGAAUUCUAUGUUGAAUUCAGAAUGUUUUAUUGUGGUCUCCUAAUAUAAUAAUCUUCAUAAAAAUCCCAGAGGGGACGAACUGGAGCUUUAUUUUGGGAAAUGAGGUCCGAUUUCCACAUCCCAUCAGAGGAAGAGCUUAGAAGGAUGGUGACUCCUGAGAAUGUAAGCUUUUCCAAAUUUUAUGUCAAACAUACCUUCCAUUCACGAUCAUAACAUAAAUAAAAAAGUGACAACUCUGAAGUGAUAAUUAUGGUAAGUCAGUUAUAUUCUUCACCUUGUAUUCGUCGGAUUUUUUUCUUUAAUAAUAAAAAUGAACGUCCAAACAUUAUGUAAUCUGUUUCUUUUCUGAUUAGCAUUCAAAAAGUCAUAUUCAAGGUUGACUGUCACAGUAUUCUCAUGGAAAACAGAAGACUAUUCAAAUCAUUACAACUUAGCUUCUAUCAUAAUAAUCUGUGCCUAAUCAGGCUAAGUGAUGUUCACAACUUCUAAACAUAACAUGCCAUAUGUUUUAUGCCUUCAAUUUCGUGGCCUCCCUGACUUCAAAACCUUUCAGAGUUCAAAGCUCUGAGCAGGGAAAUGGCCCCAACCCCUGUUAUCAUACUCUCUGGACAGCAGGAAUGUUCUACACCAAAUGGGGCAGACUAUUCAAAACUAUAAAAAAUGAUGCAUCAUGCCCUUCCUCGUUAGAAAUCUCCUCGGAUUUAUGUCAGCAUGCCCACUCCUUCAAUUUAUCACGUAUUAAAGUAAAUAUCUUUCCUCUGAAUAGCUUUGACUUUCAAAAAUGCACAUCUUCCUUUUAUUUCGUAUGGUCUUCAGGGUUUCUUGGAGACCAAGACACCUUCUUUUCUGGUUCUCAUUGGAUUUCCUGUGUUGGUCCGCCUUAACUCUAAAUCCUUGAAUUUUUGUCCUGGUUUGUCCCAAUUUCACAUGAGGCUGAGCAGCUUGGAAUAUAGACUCCAAUGUUUCCCUAAUUUUCCAUGUAAAUUGUGUGGUGCUGAUGCCAUCAGUAUACAGAACAAGUCAGUUAUAUGUGGGUAAUGUCCCAUAGAGUUCAUUUAGCUAACUAAGUCACUCUUUAUGUCUCUAAUCGCUAUCAUGUUAGAUAUGCUUUUUGCAACUGUAUGCGUACAUAUUGGUAUGAAUUUCAAUUUUAAAAAUCUUCUAUUUUUCAAACAAUUUACCAGUGCUUUUCUUUUGCUUUCUUUUGCUUUUUUAAUGGGGUUUUUAUGAUGAAAACCUAUUUCAUGCAUGCUCAUUUUGUCAGGUUUGUUGUUAUGAAAGCAUGCAAGCUGGUCUUUAUCGCUUAAAACAAUUGGGCAUUGGAAGGCUUACACAUCCUAUUGGUCUUUCUUCGGCAAUGAAUCAACUGCCUGAUGAAGCCAUUGCCCUCGCAGCUGCCGCACAUAUUGAAAGGGAACUUUUGAUAACUUCAUGGAAUCUAAGCAGUAAUUUUGUUGCUUGUACAAAUCAGGUAACACUUAAUUUACACAGUAAUGUAACUUUUUAAAUCUUGUUGACACCUGUUUUCAGCAAACAAAAAUAGUUUUAUGUGAAUGUAAAAUCAUAGAGCUUUAUUAGGAAUAUCUGGAAGAUGUAUGAUCUUAAGGUGUCAUCACUAUUGAUGGAUAAUAUAAUAACAUAUGAAAAUUCUGCACCAGUAUUAACGCUGGGAAAGGUGCUCAUUGGAUAGAUAGUCAUUUGUGAAAAUUGCUGUGCUGUCAUGGUUUCCAGACCCUGCGCAAAAUGUGCUGACUUGUAUAAUUUAUGUCAGUUUUUCAAGUAUACUAGGUGACCGUAGCGGGCAUGCAUUUGUUGUAAAUUUUGCGAGUUAACUAGAACCAGUUAAAGUCCCUUGGAGCUGUGUGACGCCUUUAACACGAAUUUUCCCUAAUCGCUCAACUAUUGAGCCAUAAGUAAACUAAAAUGGGAAUGGGUGAUUAUAUCCCCAAGACAAUCAUCGUCUUCAUGUAAAUAAAUUGCUCAUAAAAGAUUAUCAAUAUUUUACCCUGUGAAAAGAUUCAGAAAGGGCAAAGGCUAUCUGCAUACUCUGAUUCAUACAAAAACAACGUAUAGUUAAUUAGGUUACUGCGUAAAAAAGUGAUCAGAUUCUUAUUGUUGCAGUUUGUACAACAUUAGGGGGCCUAUUAGCUUGAUAGAGUGAUUAGAUGGACGUAAAUUUCCUUGGGUUGAAAAAAAUUAGUGGUUAUUAAUACUUCCUAAAUUGUUGUGGACAAUGUGGAGGGAGAGGAAUAGAAGAAUCUUUGAAAGUGAAUGUAAAGGUUUUCAAGUUGAAGUUUAAUGAAAAUUUGGUUUCAACUGUCAGCUUUGAUAGCACAAAAUAGUUCAGGUUGGUACAAAGAAACGCUAGCAUUUUUUUCCAAGAGCUUUCUGUCUUUUUGCUUUUUAUUAUUUUGUCUAUCGUUAAUGCAAGGUUAAACUUUGGUGAGUAAUCUCCAUGGUCCCAUCUAUACUUAUUUUCUAUCAGUGUGUUGCUUUCCACUACCACAAAAAUGUCCUGUGAUUCAUAUUUCAUGCUGAAUUGUGGAAGUCUUAGGCAUUAUAGAGUAUGUUUCAUUCAUCAUUAUGUCCACUGUUUCCUGAGUUGAGAACCAUGUCUCAACAUGGAAUUAUCUUUCAACUGUUUUUAUCUAAAAAAGACAAUGCUGCAUUUUUCAUUGAUAUCUCGAUGAUAUAAAGUUGAGUCAGGCUUCAUGACGAGUUUCCAGUCUAUUGAGCAGUGUUCCAGAUACAUCAAAAGAGAAAAUUGGAACACUGUUUGCGGAAUUCAAAUUGUUCCGUCAUCCAUUUGUUUCCGAUUCGAAAUUUUGACGUGGAUGUGGAGAUUUUCGUAAAAUAUUAUGCACCGGGAUGCAAAAGUAAACUGAAAUUUGGGAUUGUGAUGUGAUUCUGGCCAUUCUUUCUGAUUUUACAUGUGUUUUCACUUCUGCACUGAACUAGGAUAUGUCUGUCUUGGGCUUUGUGCUGAAUUUACACUUAUUUAAUGUUCUUUAGGAUCGGGAGAACAUUGAACGAUUGGAAAUCACUGGUGUUGGUGAUCCAUCUGGGCGUGGAUUAGGUUUUAGCUAUGUCCGUGUUACACCCAAGGCCCCCUUGACAAGUGCAGUGGUGAAAAAGAAGGCAUCUGCUGGUCGUGGGGGGUCAACAGUUACAGGAACUGACGCUGAUCUUCGCAGGCUGAGCAUGGAUGCAGCGCGUGAGGUAGAUAACCUUCAUUAAGGGUCUUUUUUCAAUGGAUACAAAAUAUAACACAACCAGAAAUGUUAACAUUUUUGUGUAACCCCCCCUCUAGUGCUGUGUUAUCAAUGAAAUAAUCUUUUCAUGCUUGCUUUCUGCAUUUUAUUCAUCAAUCAUGUCAUGUGGAGAGUCCCCCUCCACCCCCCAACUCACCCUCCCUAGAAAAGGAGAGGGUGGAUAUCCAGUAGCUCCGUUCAAUGAUACUAGUAAUGUUUUUUGUCCAGUGAAGUACUUUCAUUUAUCCUAGAUUUUAUCAAUUUGUUUUUUAUUUUGUGAGAUUUUUUUUUUAUGUUUUAUCGUUUUUAAUAUGUGUUGUUCAGACAUACAAUAAAUGUAUCGUUUUUCUUUUUUUUACUGUUUACGAAUCAGUGAGUUGUAUUGAAAUGACUCAUAUGCUAGAGAAUGAGUUGCACUGAAGGCGACACUGUAUGGAGUUUGCCAAAAUGGCAUCUAAUGAUCCAACCAUAUAAUGCACCACUCGGCUGAACCCGUCAAGGAUGAUGUCUCACAUUUGUUCCAGUCUAUAUCGUUUUCAAAUUUGGGAAGUGAAUAUUCUUUUAUGUUUUCUUUGUUAUAUUGAACUGUAUGUGUUGCACUAUUCACCCUAGAAAAGAAUCCCAAGUGCCAAUUCGGACAUAAUCCAGUCAUUUCUAGAGAAUGACAUUGUGUGAAGAAAAGAUAGGUGCAAUUCUUGCUGUUUGGAAAUCGUCUUUAAAACUGAUCGGGUGUAUGCAUGAUUUAUCAGAAAAGAAAACUCCUUUAAAUAUGGGCUGAAAGCCCUAUUCAAGGAUAGUUUAUUAAAUCCAAUCCGAUCUGAAAUUUUAGGCAAUUCACCCUCUUCAUACAUUAUUUAUAAUUCAAAAAUGUAUAAAAAAUCCAGUUAAUCUGAUCAUCAGUUUUAAAUUGUUUCAAUUAGCUCUCAAAAUCUUAAAAAACAUUGUAUUUGCUUAUAUUAGUAUAGCCUCUAAAAGGCGGUUUCAUAUAUUUUUUGCAUGGACCCAGUCAAUAAGAGGAAGGCUUGAUUCUAUUUUUAUUGUAACUUAAACACCGGAAGAUGUUUAUUAUCCAUUCAAAUAUGUCAAACUGUAAAAUCUUUAUUAUCCAGUCAGGGCCAUGUAAGGAAAAACUGAAGUGUAGAAAUUCCCCAAGAAAUUUGAUAUGCAGUAAGAAGAAAAAAAAGUGAUAUAAGCUGUGAAACAUCUAUUCAGAAGCUGUUUGUUUUUUCAUCAGUCCCUGCUCCGAUGUUAUCAGUAUAAUCUUUAGGUUAUUUUUUUGCUUCUGCACUCAUCAAUCUGAUCUAUUUACAGUAGUAAGAAAUUAUAUUUUAAAUUUUUUUGCUCUUAUUCUUAAUGAACAAGGAUAUUAUUCUGUUCUACUUUAAUGCUGAACUCUAAUCCAUAUGUUCAAAUCGUAGAGAUUUGUUUUCGUCACUAUUUCUUUUAGAUAUUAGACUUUGUAUUCAGUAAAUAUGCCUGGUCAUCCAUAGUCUCUUCAGUCUUCUUUUAUUAAGUGAUAAGUUUAUUGAACUGUAAAAUCAGUAUAUUUUCCUUACAAAUUAUAACUCUUAAUUGAGUAGAUCCAUGGAAUGGACUUCAUUUAAUACGCUUACUGACAUUUCCAUUGUUUUUGUUAUUCUUCACUGCUUUUAUAGCUUCUUGAUUGGCAUGACCUAAUUAAGAAGAAAAACCUAGCUCACAUGAUAUAAAUCAGGACCUAAUGUUCCCAUGAAUCUUAUCAACUUUAAAAAAAAUGUGGUCGAAUAAAUGCUUUCAUAUUCAAUUAAAUAUGGUCUCCUUGUUCAAGUUAGUGAACUACUUAACUCAAAACCAAUUGGUAAUUAGCAGAGUAGGUCCAUAUUGAUGAUUAUGGGUUAUUUUUGUUAUAAGUAAAUAGAUCUGUAACAUGCUUCUCACAUGCAAGCUUACAUUUUAGGCUUUAUCAUGUAGACAGCAUAGAAUGGGUAUGUUCAGUUAGUCUACAAGCAAAGAUUGUCUCUGAUAUGAUGCUACAUUUAUUAGACCAUCCAACUCAUAACUGAUUGAAAUGAGUAUAUUCGGCUUAUGUUUAUAAAUACAGGUUUACUUUCGUAAUACCCAGUUCAAAACCUUCUUUAACAGUGCAGCUACAUAAAAAUGCUUAGAUAUUUUUCCCAAAAUAAGGUGGAGCUAUUUUUUCCCUUAGAGAGCUAGUACCCCAAGUUUUCAAUUAUUGAACUAGCUACUUCUAUUUUGUUGUGUGCAUUGGGCCUUUGUGGUUAUGGUUUUUUCAAGUAGGCAAGGGAAAUUGGAAGCAAAUGUAUUAAGGUGCUUGUUUAAGCGCAAUAGCUCAUCAAGACCGUUUAAAAGUUCCUCAUUCGUCUGAUUUUAAUGUCCCCGAUUAUCUCUGUUUGUUGCUUCCUAGGUUCUCUUGAAGUUCAAUGUUCCUGAUGAACAAAUUGGGAAGUUGACGAGGUGGCACCGAAUUGCAAUGGUGCGAAGACUUUCAAGUGAGCAAGCUGCUUCUGGUGUCACUGUUGAUGCAGCUGCCCUCAGCAAGUUUGCACGUGGACAGAGGAUGUCCUUCCUUCAGCUUCAGCAGCAAACCAAAGAGAAGUGUCAAGAGAUCUGGGAUCGACAAAUUCAGAGUCUUACUGCUGCAGUAGGCGACGAGAAUGAGAGCGAUUCUGGAGCAAAUAGUGAUCUUGAUUCUUUUGCUGGGGACCUUGAAAAUUUGUUGGAUGCAGAAGAGUGUGAGGAAGGUGAAGAGGGACAUUUUGAUUCUAAAUCUGACAAAGCUGACGUUGUUAAAGGACUCAAAAUGAGGAGGUGCCCGUCUCAGGCUCAAACAAAAGAAGAAAUUGAAGAUGAUGAAGCUGAGGCUGCUAUAAUCCUAAGAUUACUUGAAGGUAUGAAGAAUUUGCCUGUCACAUGCCUGACUUUGAUUUUUAUUUGAACUUAUCCUGAUUUCAUUUGAACUCAUCCAGCAUGAUAAAAGUUCUUCCUUGUGUUCUCCUUACGUUAGUAAAGUUGGAUUUCUUUUUCUUCUUUGGCUUGAUGGGGAAUGGUACUAUCAAAGUCUAGAAAUAUAAAUUAUUUUUAGUAUGUGGAUGUACAUCAUCUUCAACAGUUAUAUUUUUCAUUUCUUCUGCUCCAUAAGCCUCUUUUCCGGAUACAAAGGGUCUUCUCCUUGUAGUUGUUGGUAAUCGUGGAAUAAGCUAGUGACAUAUGCAUAAAUAUCAAACCAGGAUAUUAGCACAGAACGUUAAAAUAUUGAACUGAACGAUACUUGCACUGCUAACAUAGUCCAUACACACAAAAACAGUAGAAUAGAUGCUUGCUUUAGAUCAGCAUUCUAUUGCUGAAGAUAAUUAGAUACAUAGUUUGGAUGGAAGCAAGCUUAAAGGAUGUGCCCAUUGGAACCAGGCACGGCCUCAAAUGCUUUGCACAGAAAAGCUUUCCAUAGGUUUAGUUGUUUCUCUUUGAAAUUCAUUUAAAGAUGGGAAAAUGCUCAGCAGUCAUUUUUUAAAAACUGUUUCCAGGCGGUGCGAUCACAACUAAAAAUCUACUUUCAGAAAUUGAUGUGUGUGAAUGAUCUAUGAAAGGCUAGAGUGCCGAGGUUGAGUGGGAUGACAUUAAGUUCCUUUCGAAACGGAAAGAGUGUUCUCAGUUGGGAAAAUGAUGUUGAAGUUUAUGUCGAUUGUACAAAAGCAUGUGUCUUGAUUCAAGUUCCUUACAGAAUGCACUUGGACAAAUUCCUGACAUCUGAGGUCCAAUCUCUCCAAGUUUAUUUGCCUAAAUAGAAGCACCUUGUAGGCCUAGUCUUAUCUCUGACAACAAAGAGGGAAAGAUGCGCAAUAUGAGAUCAUUAUUUGGCAUGUUGGUUUCAAAGACAUGGUGCCUAAGUGGUUUUGAGAAGUUCCUCAGGAAAUUGAACUGCUAAAUAGUAUGUUUUACCGGCUGAACGAACCUCUUAAGCAGUAGAGUUGGAACUUAGAUAUGCGAACAAGCUGUAGAUAUUGAGCAGAAAAAACAAAACCUAUGAAAGAAAACAAAAACGCCAAUAUUGUUUCUUGAAGCAAAAAUAUGCUGAAUGUAUAUGGUGGAUGAAUAAAGUGGAGAGGAGACGUGUGGCUAAACGGGGAUAAGAAUGUAACCUUCAUGGUAGGUUGGUCUAAUAUUAGCCAGUUUGAAAUUGAUUGUGUCCAAGUGAGGGAAGCAGGAGUUCAUAAGAAUGAAGAACUUCAGUGAAUUUUUCUAAUGUUCUUUUUGAGAGAAAGUUUUAUGGGUCCCACCAGUGGUUGUUGGUUAUCUUUCUAGAAUUGUUGAAACUUAGAUUGAAAGGAUUACAAAGCAAUUUGUUGACAAAUUGAGCUUUUGAAUUACCAGGGCCAGCGUGCUUGUCUGAUGAUCGACAAGCAUUUUUAGUGUAUUAACCAGAAAGGUCGAAUUACCACCUGUAGGUGAAUGAGAAAGAAAUGCCCUAUGCACCAAGCCUUCCAACUUCACUAAAAUUAUAUGGGAGGACUGAGAUUGAGAACUUGUAGAACUUGUAGACAGCAUUUGGAAUUAUUUUCAGGUAUCGUGUACGACGAUGAACAUGAAGUGGAUAGAAUUCUAUCUGCCUUUCUAAAAGACUCAUUUGUCCUUGAUAAUUUCCUGUCACGUCAUGAACUUUUAGAUCAUAACGGGAGCUACAGGCAAGAAGAAAUAUCAUGUUUCAGAGGUUCUAGUCUUUCUGGUCUUACAUCAGGCGCCCAACAACUGUUCUGAAAUAAUCAGCCUGCUGACAAUCGGCUUCAGUGAAUGAGACAGAGACUUCAAUUUUAAUUAUGGUUCAGAUUUCAGCCACCAGGAGUCUUACCUGUUUUGUCCAUGUCAAACUUGCUCUAUAAAUUUGACACUGAUAUUGAGGUUUAAGUAAAUAGGAAUAACAGCUUGCUCGCCAACGUUGUAGAAAAUUAUCCAUGCAUGAUUUGCCUCCAUCAAUCGUGUAAAUGACCGUUUCAUUUUUCUGGCAAAUUCACACAUCUCUCAUGUUCCCUUAUCCGUUCAUUUUAGCUGUUGUACCCACCACUUGUGUCCCGACAAUUGACCUCUAUGUUUGUGCAAUGGAGUCAAAUUGUUUUCUUCCGGCUUUAAUUACUCGUAUGUUUGUUGUUUGUUGGUUGUAUCUUGCACGUGCUUUGUGGAUAGUUAUUGGGCCCAGUAUACAUAUAUUCAUAGAAUACAUGAAUAUAUGCCCAUUCAUACGCGCACAUUCACAUGCUUUGCAUCCCCCUAUAUCAUUGAAGUGAGGGAGAGGGAGAGUACCCGCAUUUAUCUUUAAUGAGGAUUACUUACGGUUAACUUGAAUGGUGCUUCACUGGAUUCAAAUUUUACAGCUGUUAGUUACACAGAUAUAGACAAUAGCACAAGAGACUUCUAACAAAGUUUGCAUUAUAUUGAUUGCAUUGACUUUUUGUAGAUGAUGAGACAGAGCUGAAGAAAAAGAAGAUUCAACCUCCGGUGGCUGGAUUUGCUACUCAGUUUGGUUCUGAAAGUGAUGAUGUUACCAAGAAAAGUACUAUUAUCAAACGAAUUGUUACUACAUUACCACAACCUACUUCCUCAUUUACUUCAAAGGAGAUUAGCAUGAGAGAGCCAAAGGAGGUACGUUCUAGCAAAUUUAUCCUCCGAAUCCCAAAGUUUUUUUUUUCCCAACAAAUAGCAUUUUACUGCUAGUAGUGCAAGUUUGAAGGCUUCGGGAUGGGUAAGUAUGCAUUAAACGUUGGUGAUUAUGUUUACUUCAAUGACAUGCUGUCAGCUUGACAGACGGUUUAUAAAGCAGUUGACGGGCUCAACCUGUGAUUUCUCAAUUUUAUUGCAAUAGACCAAAGCAUGUGUAAAUUAUGUUGCAUGCAUGCAGAGGGAAUCCCUUCUUACUGAAAAAAUUCUCCCUGUGAAGGGAAAAGUGGUAAAGGCUGAUGAAAAGACUGAUGAGCUACUUACUGGCUCAACCAAAAAGCAAUACAAAACCUCAAAAGAUGGGCAAAAGGUAGGGACCUUCUUUUCAUCUCUUAUAUAUCUACAAAUGUACAAUUGUUCAUAAACACUACUUUGAAUUACUUUUUUUUUUGGAGUAGUACACAAUUACAAUUUCCAAUACGUUUGUACCAGAAAACCAUUGGCUUCCCAGAACUCCAAACUGUCAUUUAGGGGAUUAAAAGCUAGAGAAUAUUUUUAGUACCUUUUUAUGGUUGGUGAAUAAAGUGAUUUAUUUAAGCAUUGUUUUACUUAAGAACUCUUACAAAAAGAACAGCGGGGUGUUAACUCUCCAGGAUACAAAAUGACGCUGCAAAAAAACAGCGGCAAUUGCCUUUGCGCUGAAUGCAGAUGUAUCAAGACGGUAGAUGAACACAUUAGAAUCAACAAACCACAAACAUGAAAACAACACUACUCAUACAUUUUAUAAAAUUUUCCAACUCAGUUUGCAUGAAGUUAAUUUCCUUGCAGAAUCCUCACGUAUAUCUAGUUAUUCACGCAACCCAUCAUAGAACAAACAAUGAUUUUAGGUUGUCUUCCAAAACCUUCCUCAAAACCGCUGUCUUCUGUAGACUCACUCAUCCGUGUCCUUUAGUACGAGGGAAACAAGCAAUCUUGCAUUGUUCGUGAAUGGCAACUGCAUUCAUAGAGUGCGAUUUGUGAUGGAUUGUCCCUCUGUGGUCGGAUCUAAGUUCCAGAGAAUCACCUCUGCUUGAGUAAUAUCUCUCUCUCUCUCUCUCUCUCUCUCUCUCUCUCUCUCUCUCUCUCUCUCAAUGGUCAUCAAUCAUCAAAUUCUCCAUAAAUGUUAUCUAGAUGUCAUCUGCUCUCAGUACGUUAGUCCCUAUCUUAAUCUCUCCUCCUCACUUCUUCCCUUCUUAUUUCCUAUCACAAUCUCUCGGUCAGGGCCAUUGAGCUUCUUCUUCACAAAGAAUUUUUCAUCAAAACUGAAUUUCUCCAGAGUUAUCAGGCCCUCACAAAUGUUGCAAACCCUGAGACAAUUUUGGUGUGUUUACUGACCUAGAUGUGGCAAUCCUUGCCACCCUCCCCCUCUUCUCCGGACUAUCCUUGCCCCAGGGGAUGCAUCGAUGGAGACUAUCUUGUGGUUAUAAACCUGAGGGUUUGCUACCUUGAUCUGGGCUGUACCCUUUUUAUGGUGGUAUGGGAUAUCCUAUGGAUCCUCCUCUGUGAGGUUGUGGAAACUUUAUUCGACGAAAUUCGUCAGUGAAUCUACUGUUUCCUUUGGUGCACCUGGCAAAAUGCCUUGAAGAAUUUAAAUUAUGUUUUGAGGGAAAAAUGAGCGAAGUGGACCACUGUUGAAGCAUGAGAAACCAAAAGGAGCGAAGUGUGUGAGUGGUUUCUGAUACUGUUAGAACAAGAACACUUUUCUGAAGUUGCUUGCAAAUUCAGAAGUGACACUGUACCCCGUUGACUUUAGUUCUCUAAUAGAGGCGUUGUCGCAUCAUAAUUUUUUUUUUGCUUAAUUUAGCAUGCCCUAUUGGUAAAUAGCCCUAGUCACAAGAGUGUUAUGGACAUAUAGUUUUCUAGCUAACCUUUUGUGGUCAAAUUCGUAUGUGAUUUUAGUUUCCACAACAGCAUCGUUUGAAAUUCCGACGUUCGAACUAGCAUCUUGUCAGAUCAGUUUCUUAUUUUACGAGCUAAUUUGACUAGUAGUCGUUUCUAUUUACGUGAUCUUUGAAAAUUCAGGUUACCAAAGAGAAGAAGACAACUGACAAACCAGUUCGAGAAAGCUUUGUCUGUGGAGCCUGCGGUCAGGUGAGUGAGUUGGAAAUAUCAGGAAGCAACAGCUUGAUGAUUUUUAGACGGCUCCUGUUGGGAAACAUUGAUGAAUAUCUUUAUUCUGCAGAUGGGUCACAUGAGGACGAACAAGAAUUGCCCGAAAUAUGGAGAAGAGUUAGAGACAGCAGAAGUAGAAAGCGUUCCAUCAAAAUCUCAUCCAUCUGAAGCUGUGACCCAACUUCUACCAAAGACGGCAAACAAGAAACUGGCAAAGACAGAAGCAUCUGAAGGUGCCGAGAGACCAGCGAUAAAAGCCCCAGUGAAGAUUCUCCCUUUGAAGUUCAAGUAUGGUCCUCCAGAAACUCAGCUCGAGAAGAUCUCACCGGGACCACAGAGUUCAGAGAGACAGACAGCCUCGAAUGCCGGAAUGGGGGGGGCUCAACCAUCGAAAAAGAUCAAAAAAAUCAUCAUCUCCAAUAAAACGAAGUCUCAGGAUACUCAACAGGAAGUGCAAAGGCCUGCUGUUGUGAUACGGAUACCAGCCGAGUCUGAUAGGGACCAACCUCGCAAGAAAAUCAUCUUUAAACAGACCAAGGGCGCAAGUAAUCAGGAAACUAUCGGACAGACUCCUGAGAUGGGUGUGGAUGAUGGAUUCCGAAAGAUUAAGAAAAUCACCGAACUGGCCAGUACAGAGACACCUAGCAAGCAUCCAACCCCGUGGUUAGCGGAUGAGGUCAGAAAGGGUAAGUCAACAGGAGGAAGGAAGUCCUUGAAAGAAGAAGAAAAAAAAAAGAGAAAAGAGAGGAUAAACGAGGAGAGAAAUCGAAGGAUGCUUGAGGAAGAGAGGCAGAUUCAAGAGCAGCAGAGACUCCUCGAAAUUAAGAGAUAUGAAGACGCCGAAUGGGAGGACAAGCAGAAAGAAGUUAAGAAGAAGGAAAAGAAGAAAAAGAAGCCUCUGCUCAAAGAUGAAUACGCAGAGGAAUUUAGGGCAAGCCGGAGUGACAGAAGGAUACCUGAAAGGGACCGAGCAGCUAAGAGGCGGGCUGUGGUUGAUUUGGUGCGUGAUGCUGCAGAAUAUGCACCGCCAACAAAGCGCCGUCGAGGAGGAGAGGUAGAUCUGUUUCCCUUUUCAUUUAAAAUACUGAUCCUUUCUUUUUUUUUAUUAGUUUUCUUCAACCAUUUAUGUCUGUGAUUUUUAUUUUUUAUUUAUUUUAUUUUGGGAAUAUCUGGCAUCUCUGUUUUUCAGGUACUACUAUGCAACAUCUUGGAGAAUAUAGUGGACAGCUUGAGAGACCGCAAUGAGGUUUCGUACCUCUUCCUCAAGCCCGUUUCAAAGAAGGAGGCCCCGGACUACCUGGACAUCAUCAAACGCCCGAUGGAUCUUGCGGCCAUUAAAGAGAAAGUGAGGAGAAUGGAAUACAAGGGCAGAGAGGACUUUAGGCACGAUGUCUGGCAGAUCACCUUCAAUGCACAUAGGUACAACGACGGGCGGAACCCUGGAAUCCCUCCGCUAGCUGAUCAGCUCCUUGAGCUCUGUGACUAUCUGUUGGAACAGAACGACCAGGGCUUGACUGAGGCUGAAUCUGGAAUUGAGCACUUGAAAGAAGAUUGA